AUGAAAGGGAAGAACUUGAAGCCAAGGACACUCUACCAGCAAGACUCCUUCCAAUUUGAUGGAGAGGUCAAAAGCUCUCCAGAGAAGCAAAAGGUAAGAGAAUUCAGCACCACCAGACCAACUAUACAACAAAUGGCUAAAGGACCUUUUCUAGGCAGGAAGCACAUGAGAAGGAAAAGACCUACAGAAAAUAACCCCCAAACAGUUAAGAAAACGGUAAUAGGACCAUACAUACUGGUAAUUACCUUAAAUGCACCGAACAAAAGACAGACUGGCUGUGUGGAUGAAAACGUGUGUGUGUACAGUUCCAUCACAUCACUCUGCUUGAUCCCCCAAAUUGUAUGUAGCUAUUUUAUAUUGUUAGGUUAA